UUCUGUAACCGGCAUCCCUCCAUUCUAAAAACAUUACAUAAUAUUCCAAUGGCCACUGCAACAUCCACUUCUUUCACUCAUGUUCAACGAGUUCGCUUGUUGUACAAAACUAUACUGCGCAUCCAUCGAGGUCUUCCAUUGGAGAUCAAAGCGAUUGGAGAUCAGUAUGUCAAAGAUGAAUUCAAGCGCCAUAGGAAAUGCCAGCCACAUGAGAUAAAUCCAUUUAUGACUGGAUGGGUGGAUUAUGCUGUCACUCUAUCUAAACAGCUAAGUGUGAGCCAAUUGAAAAAGAAAUCACCUAUCUUAGGGAGACACCUUACACAAGAAGAACUAGAAACGUUCAAGGAUGACCAGGUUUAUCAAUUACAUGAACUCAUGCAGGAAGCAACGAAACCAAAAGUAGAAUCAGAUAGUGAUAUACCUACAAAAUUGUAGCACAUAAAUCUAAUAUUUAAUUUUGUAUAUAUAUUUAUUCCUUCUAGUGUCAAUCUAUUAAACAAAGUAAACAAAGA